AUGUCGGCCACUCCUUUCCAUCUCGACUCAGCUUGUCUACCUCUUGAUCGACUUGCAGCUUUUGAACGAAACAUCCUUGAUGGCAUUCAGGAUUUGUUGUUGGUGCUCGCACCCGACGGUCGUGUACUUCACGCAUCCCAGAUGUGUCUUGCGCUAACGAGCCUCACCCCCGAACAUUUCGUUGGAAACCACAUUGCCACAUUCAUGCAUUACGACGAUCUGCCUGUCUUUCUCGAAGAGUUCAAAGCAAGCUCACUCUCAGGACAGCCAUGGAGAUUUCAGCACCGUCUCCGCAAGGCAGACGAUACAUUCGCCGUCUUCGAGUCAGCUUUUAGCCCAUUCCUCGAUACCUCGGCAGCCCAGACAGCAGGGUUUCACGGUCUUCACAAAUGCGUAAUGACUGUACGGCCUUAUUCUCACCCCUCGGCGGUCUUGUUGGAUUCAUAUCUGGAGCACAUCACGACGCAAGCUCGUCUCAUCCAACAACUCGAGGACUUGCGGUCAGAAGCAGAGAUUCUCGAAGAUGACGAUGACGACGAAGAUAAGGUCAUCCUGAAUUCCGCCAUGGACAACGAUCGUGCUCUCUCGGACCGCGCAGUGUCGAAGCUCCAGAGGACGUCCGGCGCGGGAGAUAUCGGAAUCCAAAUCACCGUCUCACGUCUGGAAACGAUCAGAAAGACAGGAUCGUGGGCAGCCAAACCAUGCGUAGCGAAGAGACGGAAAAAUGCAAAGCCCUGCGACCAUAUCUGCGUUCAGUGCGGGACAAAAGACUCUCCAGAAUGGCGUACGGGAUCUCGCGGCAAGAAGACCUUGUGCAAUGCCUGUGGACAAUGUGUCAGUCAGCCGUGA